AUGGCAACUACCCUUUUUCGUGUAUGGUCUUUUGCCCUGAAGUCAGUAAUAUUUCUUGCAAUUUGCAGUAUCUCAGAUUGCUAUGAUCCUAUGGAUCCAAAUGGAAACAUUACAGUUGUUUUUGAUAUUCUCCAAUGGACCACAAACCCGGAUGGAUAUCUGGCAAGAGUUACAAUAAAAAACCACUAUCAGUACCGCCACGUGGACAAGCCCGGUUGGAGUCUAGGUUGGACAUGGGCAAAUAGAGAGGUGAUUUGGUCAAUGAGAGGUGCAUUUGCCACGGACAUGGGGAAUUGUUCAGAGUUCAAGUCCCAAAUACCGCACUCCUGCAAGAAAGACCCCGUUAUAGCCGACCUGAUGCUAGAUCAAGCUUCGCCGGAUAACAUGACGGACGGCUGCUGUCGCGGCGGCACUCUUUACCCCUCGGCUAUUGAUCCUUCAAAGUCAUUCUCUACCUUUGAAGUUCAAGUUGGCAGACUAGAUGGUAGCAAUUCUGCGCGCGCGCCUGUCAAUCUUACCUUAAUGGCACCAGGUCCUGGUUACUCUUGUGGCCCUCUUUUGGACUCUGACCCCACAAUUUCUUCAGACAUUGGAGGCAGAAGACACGUUCCGGUUUUCAGAACAUGGAAAACAGCAUGUACUUACUCCAGUUUCUUGACUAACAAGACACCGAUGUGUUGCGUUUCUCUCUCGACAUUUUACAAUCACGCCAUCACACCAUGCUCUAAUUGUAGCUGUGGAUGCAGAAACGCAGACAAGAGCACAGAUUUAUGCAUAAGAGGAGGUGAUUUAUCAUCUACAUCAGACAUAGUGAAAUGCACUGAUCAUAUGUGCCCCAUACGAGUACAUUGGCAUAUUAAGAAUAAUUAUGAGGAUCAUUGGAGAGUAAAGCUCACAGUUUCAAACUACAACAUCAAGAGAAACUACUCAGACUGGAAUGUGCUUGUUCAGCAUCCUGGUCUCAAGAAUUUGGCAAAAACAUUUAGUUUCAACACCACUUUGCUUCCCGCUGUUGGAUUAGGAGAUGAGGUGGCACUCUUUUGGGGGCUAAAGUACUACAAUGAAGAGUUGUUGAAUUUUGAUAGUGAUAAGGACCAAAUUGGCUCCGUCAGUACAGAAAUGCUAUUGAAAAAGGACUUUGACUCAUUUACAUUAAGAAGUGGAUGGGCCCUCCCUAGGAGAAUAUAUUUCAAUGGUGAGAGCUGCCAAAUGCCUCCACCUGAUGACUUCCCAAUGUUACCAAAUGGUAGUUCCAAACAGAAAUCUUGUCACUUUUUGGUCCUCAGUUUGAUUAUAUUAGCUUUCAAAAUGUUGCUUUGA